AUGGCGCCGCCAGUCCGGCCUAGACACAGUCGCAUUCCAAAAGAAAAGUUCCCACUCUACUUUGGCAGUCUCAAAAGUCAGCCGUACAACGAGUCAACGUCGGGCCGCGGGGUCGGAUCGCACCAUAGUUUACGUUCUAUUGCCUGGAACCCAUUGGGUAGCCUUGUCGCCACAGGUUCUUCCGACAAAACACUCCGUGUUUGGAAUCCUGAGAAACCCAAUGUGCGUUUCUCAACCGAACUCAAGGGGCACUUGGCCGGGAUUGAGAAGAUCGCCUUUAAUCCGGUCAAGGAUGCAGAGCUCUGCAGCGUCAGCAACGAUGGAGUUGUCAAGUUCUGGGACGUGAGGACAAAAGCUUGUGUCAACGAGGUCAAGGGCCUGGGAAGUGCUCACACGCUUGCUUGGGCCCCUGACGGCAUCUCGCUGCUCGUAGGAAACAAGCGUGGUGAACUCUUCCGGAUAUCACCAGCCAAGUCUGCUGUUACCACGUCCCACCAGCUGUCCAUUGACACCAACCAGAUGGCCUUCUGCUGGAGCGGAGAGAAAGUCUUCCUCCCGACAACCGAGGGCACGAUACGCAUCCUCUCAUACCCGGAGCUAGAGCCUGUCCUUCACGUGAACCAUGCUGUCAAAAAGGGAGAGUCGACAGAAUUCAUGCUUAAAGGGCAUACCGCCUCGUGCCUUACCACUGAACUCUCGCCCACGGGGAGAUACCUCGCAACCGGAGGCGCUGACUCUAUCAUUGCCCUCUUCGACACCAAGGAUUGGAUAUGCCAGCGGACCGUCUCCCGCAUCUCGGGCCCAGUAAAAAGCAUAAGCUUCAGCUUCGACGGCAGUUACGUGGUCGGGGGGUGCGAAGAAGGUCCCGGAUUGGAGGUGACCCAUACCGAGACUGGGGAGCACGUCCACACGUUCAAGACGGCCGGGCCCUGCGAAGCUGUCGCAUGGGCACCCACGAGAUACUGCCUUGCUUACAGUGACCUCGGCGUACUGCGCAUCAUCGAUGCAGACAGGAAGUGA